GGCGCGGGGCCGCGCCCGCGCUCCCGGGCUCUCCUCCCCAAGCCUUCCGCCGGCAAGGAGCGCGACUCGCGUCGCUGUGCGCCGGUUGCCCUUCGGCCUGGGUGGUGGAGCCGCUGCCUGCCGUGCACCAUGCGGCUCCUUGGCUGGUGGCAGGUACUGCUGUGGGUGCUGGGGCCUCCCGCCCGCGGCCAGGAGGAUGAAGAUGCUGAGCUCAGAGAGACUGAGUAAUCUGCCUACGUUUGCGAUUCUGUGCCUGGUUUGGAGUCUGGCGGCUGUCAUUGAGAUCAUGAGAGGUGGAGGGCAGGAGUCAUUGUACAGAGUUGCAGAGAAAAGAGGUCACUUAUGGUCAGAGGAGCAGCCUGCUUACCCAUUCCAGGUGGGGGCUGGGUACACGAGUGAGGAGGUGCCUUCCCGUGACCCAGUGGGCCAGGACCUGUCUGCAGAAGAGGCCGAGGCAGUGCUGGGGCUGGACGCUGAUGGUGAACACAUGGUAAUGUUGUCUGUGAUUCCUGGGGAAGCCGAGGACAAACUGAGCCCAGAGCCCGGCGGCGGCACCUGCAGGGCUGGAGGGGAGGAGGACUCGAGGUGCAACCCCCGGGAGAGCCUCUUCUCUCUGGACAGCGCUGGAGCCAGCUUCCCGGAGAGAGAAGAGGAGUACUACGCAGAGCCCGAAGUGGUGGAAUCUGACCCGCCCCCGACAGAGGACGCCAACACCACCGAAAGUCUGAAAUCCCCGAAGGUGAACUGCGAGGAGAGGAAUGUGACGGGAUUAGAAAAUUUCACUCUGAAAAUUUUAAAUAUGUCACAGGACCUUAUGGAUUUUCUCAACCCAAACGGUAGUGACUGCACGCUAGUCCUGUUUUACACCCCUUGGUGCCGAUUUUCUGCCAGUUUGGCUCCUCAUUUUAACUCUCUGCCCCGGGCGUUUCCAGCUCUUCACUUUUUGGCACUGGAUGCGUCUCAGCACAGCAGCCUUUCUACGAGGUUUGGCACUGUAGCUGUUCCUAACAUCUUGUUAUUUCAAGGGGCUAAACCAAUGGCUAGAUUUAAUCAUACAGACCGAACACUGGAAACGCUGAAAAUCUUCAUUUUUAACCAGACAGGUAUAGAAGCCAAGAAGAAUGUGGUGGUAACUCAAGCGGACCAAAUAGGUCCUCUUCCCAGCACUUUGAUAAAAAAUGUAGACUGGUUGCUUGUAUUUUCCUUAUUCUUUUUAAUUAGUUUUAUUAUGUAUGCUACCGUUCGAACUGAGAGUAUCCGAUGGCUAAUUCCAGGACAAGAGCAGGAACAUGCGGAGUAGCGAUAGACUCAAAGGAGAGUUGGAAAGAAGAAUUUCAAUCCUUCAUUUCAGAAAUUAACGCUGCAAUUUCAGACAUUUUCUCCAGUGAAGCACUGACUUACAACUCCAGUCAGAUUGAAAGAAUCAUGUGUUUGUUGAACUGUUGAAUGUGUAAAAAAAUUAUAAACUGGUGUUUCUAACUAGUAUUAUAAUAAGCAAAUGCAAAAAUAUUCCAUAACAUUCAGUAAAAAUUCUUGUUUUUACUACUUGAACUUUACCCAGUACUUAAGUGAGUAAUCCAGUGUGACAUGUGAAGAUGUAUUCUGGUGGAAUAGUGAGUAGAAUGACAGUAUGCUUACUAUAUAGAGGCAGAAAUAGGACUUUCAGAUUAUAGUUUUAGAAGACUUGAUUUCUUGUAUUAUGUCUAAGAAAGUUGGUUUUCUGUUCGUUUGCCAUUUCUCUCCCAGAGUCAGUAAGCAGGAAAGUGUUCUUUUAUGGGAAGAAUAAUUAGGAUCGGUAAGUGUGCCCUUACAAGUAGCAACCAAUGGGAAAAUAAAGAGUCAAAUACC